AUGUCUGAAGAACAAAUCAAUGAGGCAGUAAAUACCUUAAAAAGUUCUGGAAAUUACACACCCUUAGUAUCAAUAGUGACCACGCAUGUUACUGAGGUGUUGGAGAUAGAUAUUAGUGCACAAUACAACAAAAAAAUCUGUGGAGCAUUAAUUGAGCGAGUGAGGUCUGUUGAAUAUGGGAUUAGAAUAUUGUUGCGUAGAAAAUCAGAGCUUGAAGAAAACUUUAAAAAAGAAGAUUAUCUUGAUAACUUUGAAAAUUUUACAAAAACCUUAAUAAAUAUUAAAAAGUUCGUAGCAGAUAUCACACAGUUUCAAAAAUUUAGGUUUUUUAAGGUAGAUGAAGUUAAAGAAAACUUUUUGCAAUUGACAAAGAGAUUUGAUACUUGUAUGGGUAUAUUAGGCUUCACUAUAGUAACUGAUCAAGAGAAGCUAAAGGAAAUAGAUAAUGAAAGUUUAAAAGAUGACUUGAAUGAAAUGACUGAGUUCCUUGCUCAUAUCGAAGGUUUUCAGGAAUACCAGGAAAUAUCAGCUGAUUCGAUUGAAUUACCUAGAAUAUCGCCAACUCAGUUGCAAAAUCCAAAUCCAAACAAAAACCUUCAAGUAAAUAAACCCGAACCAAUUUUAAAAAGGAUAUUAUUACCGGACAACCGAGAAGUUAGAUGUAAAUCUUUCUUAAAUGAUAUCUCACAAGUUCAAAAUACUUUAGAAAUUUUAUUAAAAGCCAGUGUAACAAGUGAACUGGAACCUAAACUAACAAACUUCCAAUUUGCAAGAAUGAAAGAUGAUGUAACCACCUAUAUUAAUCAAGAUCGAGAAAGUUUGCGUUGGAUGGCUCCUGAAAAAAUGUUAGAUUAUGAAAAAGAAAACAUUGUACGAUAUACUUACCAAUGUGAAUUAUUCAGCUUUGGAAUGCUAUUAUGGGAAUUGGUGUUUGAGAAGACACCUUAUGCUGGCAAGAAGUUAGACGACGUGAUUACUCAUGUCACAAAAGGAGAAAGAGAAGAAAUUGCUGCUUAUUCAUCAGAUAAAUCUGAAGACAUUGAAAUAUAUCAAGAAUUUGUAAGAAUUAUUGAAAGCGUAUGGGCUCAUAGACCAGAGGAUAGAAUUAGCCCUAACAAAUUAUUUAUAGAACUAUCAAAUUUGAAAAAAAAGUAUGCAUCGGACAAGAUAACAAUGCCUUUAUCUGCAAAGAAACAGUCGGCAAUUUGA